UCGCAGGUCAACGAGUUUGCCACUACUACUACUGGCGGAGAGGGUUUUGGAGAUACUAGGCUACUUUUUGUUAGACUGUUGCAUUGCUGCGGUGAAAAUGGCUUUGGAACGAAAUCGUCUCCGACUGCUCUGCAUGAUGUCCAUGACUUUUGCGUUUUUCAUUGUUGAGGUUGUUGUCAGCCGUAUGACUGCUUCCCUGUCAAUGCUGUCAGACUCUUUCCAUAUGCUGUCGGAUGUCAUAGCCCUGGUUGUGGCCCUGAUUGCUGUGCACUUCUCUGAGAAAACUCAAGCAACGAGUAAAAAUACUUUCGGUUGGAUCAGAGCAGAAGUGAUGGGUGCUCUGGUCAACGCCGUGUUCCUGACUGCCCUGUGCUUUACCAUCAUUCUUCAGGCAGUCGAGCGGUUCACAGUGCCUCACGAGAUUGAGAGUCCCGGAGUGGUUAUUGGAGUUGGAGCUGCGGGACUUCUUGUAAACUUGCUAGGUCUUUUGUUGUUCCACGGACACGCAGGACACGGUCACUCGCAUGGUGGCUGUCAUGGAAUUAACAAACUUCACAAAUCCGAGGGAGUAGGGAGAGAAUCCAUUGAAGAUGAGACCAGUAGGUCUAUCCUGUUUGAUUGCAGUCUGAAGACAGGGGAUCUCAGAGCAGGUCCAGGAGGAGAUCAAGAAAUCCCCAAUAAGGACAACCUUGAGGUCCACAUGAAGGACAUCUCCCUGGAGGAGUUGAACGAGAGCCAUCAUGACUCUGCUUCACAGCUCAACAUGCAGGGUGUCUUCCUCCAUGUGCUGGGUGAUGCCCUCGGCUCUGUCAUCGUUGUGGUCAACGCUCUCACCUUCACCUACGUGUGGCAGCCUUGCCAUGCUGGAGAGACCUGUGUCAACCCAUGCUACAACAGCCACGACUACACUGACCACCACCAACAACAUGUCAAUGCUACACUGGUCACCAUGCUUGGUAGUAGUACCCAGACUACAGUGCACCUCACUGGGCCUUGCUGGGUGCUCUACCUCGACCCCACACUCUGCAUCAUCAUGGUGGGCUUCUUACUCUAUACCACCUUCCCUCUCCUGAAGGAGUCAGCCCUCAUCCUCCUACAGACUGUUCCUAAACAGAUAGACAUGCACCGGCUGCUGGCUAGGCUCAGGGGUCUGGAUGGUGUGUUGUCUGUCCAUGACCUACACAUCUGGCAGCUGGCAGGGAGCAGGAUCAUUGCCACAGCACACAUCAAAUGCCUAGACCCUGCUAACUACAUGGAUGUGGCCAAGCGAAUCAAAGGCCUCUUUCAUGAUGAGGGUAUCCAUGCCACGACGGUUCAACCAGAGUUUGUUACUGUUAACUUUGAAUCUAAUAUUUACGCCUGUGAGCUGUCCUGUCGGACGCAGUGUGCCCCGAAGCUGUGCUGUGGAAGCUUUGACAGAACAGCACUAGGAGGACCUGUUGGAGAAGAGGUUGUUUCUUCUCAGUCAACCUCAAUACAACAGUCACCCUCUGCAGCUACCAUCAAGCUAACUGCCAUGCAGAGCCCCAAGGCUGCCAUUUAUACAGAGACAGAAUCCUCAGUGUGACAAUUUAUGUAUUUAUACAUUGGGAACUUGAAACAUGUCGAGAGGUUUAAUGUAAAUUGCCACAGCAGGAGGCAUCGUACGUGAUACUCAUCCAACUACAUUCCUAGUCUCUGGAUAUUCUGCCUACUGUGUCUAUGUGAAGCAGUUGGUGCAGGCUGAGAAAACAAGUAGUAUUACAGUCUCUGCCAUGGCUUCAUGAGCUCUUUAGCUGCUUUUGUCAUUGAAUAGUAAGUUACCAUUGUGUCUAUAGGCUUUGCAGACAACUUGAGUAUGCAACUCUUAGAAUUGUGCCAACAAUGAGGUCACUGUAUUCACAACAACACACACAAACAGAGACCAGUCUCAGCUGUAAGGAGUCAGAAACUGCUGUAAACUGUUCUCAGGGUCUGACACACGCAUGCACACACGCACACGCACACAUGCACACGCACGCACACAUGCACACGCACGCACACAAACUCCCAUGUAUAACCCACGAGGCAAGGACCAAAUAUCUCCUUCUUUUCUUCAUACUGUUAUCACUUUGACACUUGCUAAGCAACAGUUUGUAAAAUAUUAAACUCUGUUCUGUACAAAUUG